AUGUCUGAUAAACCUCAUCAUCAUCAACAACGUUCUCUGCUCACAGUCUUUAUCCUUCUCAUAACCUUUUUCAUCUCCCAAAUCUCUACAACGAGCAUUUGUUGUCCCGCCGCCACUUCUGACGAUCGCAACCCAUUGUUAUAUUCUCGCUCUCCCGUUGCGGAAUGCCAUCCCUUUUCUUCCGACGAGAACAAGAUGUGGGAUUUCGCAAAACGUGAUCGAAAAAACGAUUUUGAAUCCGUUGGUAAACGUGGAGAAGCAAAACUCUUCGAAAAACGUGAAAAACUAGGUCAAGAAAAAAAAUCCUUUGAAGAACGUGAUAACUGUCAUGAAGAACGACUUGAUGAACGAUGCAAUGGUUAUAUUCCAAAUGGUUGUCAUCAACCUGUAUGUUGUGAAAAAAGACCACCGAUAGCCUAUGGAGGAGCUCCCGGCUGUAACAACGCACCUUUUGUUUAUGACUCUGGAUAUUGUGGAGGAUGCGGCACGGAGUAUGAUGUUGGUAGGAUUAGCAUUUGUAAUCCAAUUCGACCUGGUUUGGUACCUCUGGGAUGGUCGAGGUUCUGA